AUGCCUUUGAAAUUUCAGCCACCUAUCCCCCCAGUCCCUUCAGGCACGAGUCUUCAUGGCAAGACAGCAUUGAUAACGGGCGGUAAUAGCGGAAUAGGACUUGAAACUGCCCGCCAGAUGCUCACUCUUGGUGCUUCCCGAGUCAUUAUCACAGCUCGUGAUGCAUCAAAAGGCGAACAAGCUGUCCGGUCACUUCGUCAGGACCUUGGCAUCACUCAGUCUAACCCCGAUGCUAAGAUUGAGGUCUUUGCGUUAGACGUGGAUGACUACAAAUCCGGGAUGGACUUUUGUGAUCAAGUGAAAAAGGAGGUUCCCCGUCUGGAUAUACUCGUGUGCAACGCGGGGGUGUUUCUGAUGAAAUACGAACGCAGCAGCAGCGGACAUGAACGCGUCAUGCAAGUGAAUUGUUACACCCACUUUCUGAUUAUCCUCGAAUUGCUACCGCUUCUACAAACCACAGCAGCAACAAACGGCCAACCUUCGCGCAUUACAUUCAAUGGCUCGAGCACGCAGUAUCAGAGCAGUAUCAGCGCAAAAUCAAUUCCUUCCUCGGGAAACCUCAUCAAGUACUUUGAUGAUGCCAAAACCUAUAGCGGACUCAGAAGAUAUUCAGACAGCAAACUUGUCGUAAACGCAUUUGUCCACUAUAUUUCCACGAUUGUUCCACCGUCAGAAGUUAUCAUCAACAAUGUCUGCCCGGGUCUUGUGGCUGCUACCUCGCUGGAUAAGGAUAUCGCUUGGUGGCUGAAGCCGAUAAUGACUGUGUUCAGAGCGCUUGCAGCACGGACAGUCGAGGAAGGUAGCCGAUGCCUUAUCCAUGCAUCGUGCAUUUGGGGACCAGAGAGUCACGGCAAGUUCAUGCACAACAACAAAGUUGAUCCAGGUGCUCCGUUUCUUCAAGAAGACUCUGGCGUCGAUUUCACUAAGAGGUUGGGGGCCGAUUUGCUGUCCGAUUUCAAAAGUGUUGAUCCACUACUGGAGAAAAAAUUCGCCACAUGA